AUGGGACUUCUUGCGAACGUCGUUGCCUGCAUAUGCGCUUAUUACUCAAAUCUGUCGCUCUGGGUCCUCGUCCUCGCUGGUUUCGUUUCCUUCAUUGUUCUGUCCGUGUUGAUAAACGUUCUCUGCCAACUCCUCUUCAAGAACCCUAAUGAGCCACCCGUUGUCUUCCAUUGGUUCCCUAUCAUUGGGAGCACCAUUUCCUAUGGAAUUGACCCUUACAAGUUCUUCCUGAGCUGUAGGGAAAAGUACGGCGAUAUCUUCACAUUUAUCCUUCUGGGCAAAAAGACAACUGUGUUUCUUGGAAUUAAAGGCAAUGAUUUCGUUCUCAACGGCAAGCUCAAGGACGUUUGCGCUGAGGAGGUUUACUCGCCUCUUACAACCCCCGUUUUCGGCAGGCAUGUCGUAUAUGAUUGCCCCAAUUCGAAGCUGAUGGAACAGAAGAAGUUUGUCAAAUUCGGAUUGACCUCGGAAUCAUUGCGCAUAUACGUUACCUUGAUCACCGACGAAUUCAACCAGUAUAUGGAAACUUCCUCUGCUUUCCAGGGUGACAAGGGGAUUCUCGAUGUCUGCAAUACCAUGGCUGAAAUAACCAUCUAUACUGCCUCCCGGUCGUUGCAAGGGAAAGAAGUGAGAAGCAAAUUCGACUCGAGCUUCGCGCAGCUUUACCACGAUUUGGAUAUGGGAUUCGCUGCCGUCAACUUUAUGUUUCCUUGGGCUCCACUACCACAUAACCGUAAGCGUGAUGCUGCCCAGAGAAAAAUGGCCGCAAUUUAUACAGACAUCAUUCGCAAGCGACGUGAAGCUGGUGGCAUAAAGGACACCGAAGAUAUGGUCUGGAAUUUGAUGUCCUGUGUUUACAAGAAUGGAACUCCACUGCCAGAUAUCGAGAUUGCGCACAUGAUGAUUGCCCUGUUAAUGGCGGGACAGCAUUCAUCCUCGUCGACUUUGUCUUGGAUCGUGCUCCGACUUGCAUCCUGCCCGCAUAUUGUAGAGGAACUGUACGAGGAGCAGAAACAGGUCCUGGGUGAUAGCCUCCCGCCCGUAACCUACGAGACUCUUCAACGACUCACCCUCAACUCGCACGUCAUCAAAGAGACCCUCCGCCUUCAUGCGCCAAUUCACUCCAUUCUUCGCGCGGUCAAGUCGCCAAUGCACGUCGAAGGAACACGCUACACAAUCCCAGUUUCUCACAACCUCCUUGCAGCUCCCGGUGUGACAUCGCGGUUACCAGAGCACUUCCCGGACCCCAUGACCUGGGAUCCACACCGAUGGGAAAGGAUGGGAAUUCGCGAAGCGGACGACAAAAACGAGGAGAAAUUUGACUACGGCUACGGUUUGGUAAGCAAGGGUGGAAACAGCCCCUACCUUCCAUUUGGCUCCGGACGACAUCGGUGUAUUGGUGAACAAUUUGCAUAUGUACAACUGGGCACACUUCUUGUGGCUAUCGUGAGGCACUUGAAGUUGAAGGUACUCGAUGGCGACACUGCCCUGCCAGAGACUGAUUAUUCAUCUCUUUUCUCAAAACCUCUGGGAAAGCCGCUAGUCGCCUGGGAGAAGAGAAAUCCUACCAAGAAUUAA